AGUUGGCCGCGCGCGCGCGCCCCCGACGCAGGGCUGGGUUUCCAAUUCUUUUUUUUUUUUUUUCUGAUGUUUUAUUUUUUUUGCGGCGGCGCGCGCGGGGGCACAACAACAUGGAGCCGGACAUGGAGGACAAAACAGAGCUCAUGAACACCUCAGUUAUGGAAUCUCAUACUGGAGAGAUUUCUCCAAAGACCACAACAGUAUUUAAGAUCACCAACGGCCCCUUGUCAGGCUCGAGAAAGCGGCCAUCGGAGGGCAACUACGAGAAAGAGAAGGACGUGUGCAUCCAGCUGUUUGACCAGUGGUCUGAGGCCGACCAGGUGGAGUUUGUGGAGCAUCUGAUAUCACGCAUGUGUCACUAUCAGCACGGCCACAUCAACUCCUACCUCAAACCCAUGCUGCAGAGGGACUUCAUCACAGCGCUGCCAGCUCAGGGUCUGGACCACAUAGCGGAGAACAUCCUGUCGUUCCUGGAUGCUCGCUCGCUGUGUUCGGCCGAGCUGGUGUGUAAGGAGUGGCAGCGCGUCAUUUCAGAGGGCAUGCUGUGGAAGAAGCUGAUCGAGCGCAUGGUGCGGACCGACCCGCUCUGGAAAGGCCUGUCCGAGAGACACCAGUGGGAGAAGUACCUAUUCAAGAACCGCACUACAGAAGUCCCGCCGAACUCUUACUACCGAUCUCUGUACCCCAAAAUCAUUCAGGACAUUGAGACCAUUGAGGCAAACUGGCGCUGUGGACGGCACAACCUUCAGAGGAUCCAGUGCAGGUCUGAGAACAGUAAAGGCGUCUACUGCCUCCAGUAUGACGACGACAAGAUCAUCAGCGGCCUCCGAGACAACUCCAUCAAGAUUUGGGACAAGCAGUCUUUGGAGUGUUUGAAGAUUCUAACCGGACACACAGGGUCAGUUCUGUGUCUGCAGUACGACGAGCGCGUCAUCGUCACCGGCUCCUCAGACUCCACCGUCAGGGUGUGGGACGUGAACUCGGGCGAGGUGCUGAACACUCUGAUCCACCACAACGAGGCCGUGCUGCACCUGCGCUUCUGUAACGGUCUGAUGGUGACCUGCUCCAAGGACCGCUCCAUCGCCGUGUGGGACAUGGCCUCGCCUACUGAUAUCAGCCUGCGCCGCGUGCUCGUGGGUCACAGGGCCGCCGUCAACGUGGUCGACUUCGAUGACAAGUACAUCGUCUCUGCCUCUGGGGACCGCACCAUAAAGGUUUGGAGCACGAGUACGUGUGAGUUUGUACGCACCCUGAACGGGCACAAGCGAGGAAUCGCCUGCCUUCAGUACAGAGACCGGCUCGUGGUCAGCGGUUCCUCGGACAACACCAUCAGGCUAUGGGAUAUCGAGUGUGGUGCCUGUUUGCGGGUUUUGGAAGGACAUGAGGAGCUGGUGCGCUGCAUCCGCUUCGACAACAAGAGGAUCGUCAGUGGCGCCUACGACGGAAAAAUUAAAGUAUGGGACCUGCAGGCUGCCUUGGAUCCUCGAGCGCCAGCUAGCACUCUGUGUCUACGAACACUGGUGGAGCACUCGGGCCGCGUGUUCCGGCUGCAGUUUGACGAGUUCCAGAUCAUCAGUAGUUCCCAUGACGACACCAUUCUCAUCUGGGAUUUCUUGAACGUGUCGACUAACGGACAAAUGGAAGGGCGGUCGCCGUCGCGCACGUAUACGUACAUAUCCAGAUAGCAGGGUGGCCCUGGAAGCGUGCAGAGUGUGUGAGUGUGUGCGCAGGGACUGUCCUGAUGACCGAGUCUCUGUGGUUAAGUGUGCCAGGAUAAGAGGUCGAGGAGCACCACCCCUGUCCUCCCCUCUCUCUCUUACUCUUCUCCCUUCUUUUUUCGUUACAUUCUGAUCCCCUCUUGACGACACACAUGCACACUCUAUUUCUCUCUCUCUGUCUCACUCUUUCUCAGACACACACAAAUACACACACGCACAAACGCGCCCCAAGCUCCCUCUCCGCUGUGUAGGAGGAUGAUGGAGAGAGAGAGGGACGCUGCCGAGGGCGAGCUCAUCCAGCCUGACAUCCAGCCCUAGCCCUGCCUCCGGGCCCAAGGACUAUUUAUCUGUUGAUAUUUUUAUUUCUCAUUCUUUUGGUGGAAAAAAAAAAAGCAAAACGUGGAAGUGACUCUUCCUUCCAUGAGGACUGUGUUUGCAUGAAUGAACAAUGGGACUGUUGAAGACGGUCAGCCCUGUUUCUGUCUUUAUUUGUUAUUGUAUAUUUUUUUCCUAUUUUUUAUUUUUCCCCCCUUUUUUAACUUGGGAGAUCAACUUUGUUUCGCCUUUUUUUGUGGUGAUGUACUAAUACCUGUAGUUUCCUUCUUUUCAGAUUCCUCUCCAGUCUGUCGCUCCGUUCCCUUUCACGUUCUUUGCUAGCUCUAGCUCUCUCUCUCUCUUUCUCGCUCUCUCUAGCGCUCUCUCUCUCUUUCUCGCUCUCCCUCUUUCUGUCUUGAUCCCUUUCGCUGUCUGCUUGUCUAGGUUCCGAAUGACCCCUAAGUGAUCGCAGUUUAGUUGUAAACAGAAAUGUCUUGUCUAAAAUGGUGUUGUAUAUUGAAAAGAUUUUUUAAAGGAAAAAAAAGCAUUAUUAUUAAUAAGAAUAAAGUACUUGACUGUGAAGGAGUGUUAACUAA